AAAAUAAAUCUGUUUUAUAAAUAGUCAUUUUAUAUUUAAAAUGUAUUUACUUCUUAUUUCACUUUAUCUUUUUGUUAUCUGUGGAAUAAAGACUUGCAGAAUUCCUAAUCAGAAUAAUAAUGAUUCAUCUAGUUGUUGUGGAAACCACCAAGAAGUGAAUGGUAUAUGUAUAGUGUGCCCUCCCGGCUACAUCGGAACUAAAGGAAAAUGUGAAACGCCCUGUCCAGUAGGAUUUUAUGGAAUAGAAUGUCAAUACGAAUGUAACUGUAGUCAUGACAAAUGGUAA